AAAGGACGCCAUUUUUAAAAGGGUGACCUUUUUUUCUCUAGCGCCUCUGCAUUCGCGCGAAGCUGCAGGGCGCGUACUUGCUUGCGGUUGCUCGCCGCACUUCGGAACAAUGGCAGCGAGGCGUCUACGAACGGUAGCCUGGAUCGGUGGAGGCUCGAUCGUCGCUGCCUAUGGCUUUAAUCACUUCAACGAGUACAGGCGAGCACCCGCCGUCGUCGUCGAAGCCGCGGAUCCGAAGGACACGCCGACUCGGCCACACCUCCCUUUGCCGUCCCGCGCCGCGCAGCUCAAGAACCUGCGCGAGACGUCCGAAUUCGAUGUGCUCGUCAUCGGCGGCGGAGCGACUGGUGCAGGAGUCGCGUUGGACUCGGUAACGCGGGGCCUCAAGACCGCUCUCGUGGAGACGUACGAUUUCUCCGCCGGCACGAGCAGUCGGAGCACCAAGCUGAUCCACGGCGGUGUGCGCUAUCUCCAGAAGGCCAUCAUGAACUUAGACGUUGAACAGUACCGGAUGGUGCGCGAAGCUCUUCAAGAGCGUGCAAACCUGCUCGCCAUCGCGCCUCAUCUGUCGAGUCCACUGCCCAUAAUGCUGCCCAUCUACCGGUGGUGGCAGGUCCCCUACUACUGGGUCGGCAUAAAGAUGUACGACGUGGUCGCGGGAAAACAGUGCCUGAAAAAGAGCUACUUCCUCUCGGCCAAGCGGUGCCUCGAACUGUUUCCCAUGCUCAAGAAGGAGCACCUUUGCGGCGGCCUCGUCUACUACGACGGUCAACACAACGACGCCCGCAUGAACGUGAGCAUCGCGCUUACGGCGGCGCGAAACGGGGCCAGCAUCGCGAACCACACGACCGCCGUCGCGCUGCUGAAGAAAACUGGCGAGAACGGGAAGCAGGUCGUGUGCGGUGCGAGGAUGAAGGACAUGCUGACGGGCGAGGAGUUCGACGUGCGGGCGAAGUGCGUCGUUAACGCAACGGGACCGUUCACCGACACCAUACGCCGUAUGGACGACCCCAACUGCAAACCCAUUUGCAUGCCGAGUUCUGGAGUUCACAUAAUCUUGCCCGACUACUACAGUCCCGACAAUAUGGGCCUCUUAGAUCCUGACACAAGCGACGGACGCGUCAUCUUUUUCCUCCCUUGGGAAAAUGCGACCAUCGCUGGUACAACAGACAGACCUUGUCCAGUCACCCACAAUCCGGCCCCUACGGAAGAUGACAUCAUGUUUAUCCUAAACGAAGUUCGUCACUACUUGAACCAAGAUGUGGUUGUGCGCCGGGGCGAUGUCCUCUCAGCGUGGGCGGGCAUCAGGCCGCUAGUCGUCGACCUGAACAAGAGUGUGCCUGGAAAGACGGAGGCCAUUGCAAGAAAUCACAUAAUCUAUGUUAGUGAUUCAAACCUUGUUACUAUUGCAGGAGGCAAAUGGACCACAUAUCGUGUCAUGGCUGAGCACACUAUGGAUGCAGCAAUCAAAGCCUGUGGCCUCAAACCGCAGCAGAAAUCUCAGACCCUGGGCUUCACCCUCGAGGGUGGUCACACGUGGACGCCAACAAUGUACAUCCGCCUUGUGCAGGACUUCGGGCUGGAACCAGCAGUUGCGAAACACCUGUCCAGGAGCUAUGGUGACCGUGCAAUCUCUGUUGCAAAGCUAGCUGCGCUCACAGGAAAGCGCUGGCCAGUCCUGGGACGGAGAUUACACGAGGAGUUUCCGUACAUCGAGGCAGAGGUGCGCUAUGCAGUGCGAGAGUAUGCUUGUACUGCCGUAGAUGUGAUUGGUCGCCGCAUGCGGCUUUCGUUCCUCAAUGUCCAAGCAGCCCACGAGUGUCUUCCAAGGGUCGUUGACAUCAUGGCCGAGGAGCUGCACUGGACCAAAGAGAACAAGGAGCGGGAACUGGCUAAGGCCAAAGAGUUCCUUGACAUCGAGAUGGGCGGUGAUGUCAACAAGGAAUCUCAGAAAAAAAUCCCUAUGACUUUCACGACAUCUGAAGUGGACCAGUACAUUCAGAAAUUCCAGGCCAUUGACAAGGACCGCAAAGGCUACAUCAGCGUGGUUGAUCUGCGUCGAAGCCUCAAGGCUGCGGGAGAGUCUGUGUCGGAGCUGCAGCUGCGAGAAAUGCUGAACGAGGUGGACCUGAACAAGAAUGGACAGAUUGAACUUAGUGAGUACUUGGAAUUGAUGAAUUCUAUCAAGACGGGCUCUAUCGCAGGAAGCCGGCUUGCCCAGGUUGUUGAUGUGGAGUAUUCAAGGACGCUGACCCCUGACAGAAGUGGGGGUGGUCUCUAAGGGGGUGCUGUUACUUGUAGUUUUGUUUUCCUUCAUAAUCUGGAACAUUGCGUUGAAAAAUAAUCCCUGUCACUUCUCUUUCUCUCGCCAUAAGCUAUGUCGCUGCUACGUACACUUGUGAGAAGUGCACUGUUUGCCAACGUUGGUAGAGGCAGCUUUUGCCAUAUUCUUACUUGACCCAUUCUCCUAGAUGAGAGCAGCCUGCCAAAGGUCAUAUUGACAGCUUUCUUUCUUUUCUUUUUUUUUGGCUAGAACAAUUUUUAUUAUAUAGAGAUUUCUGGUCCUUGUAGAUGUGCUGCAUUUCCUCUCCCAUGCUGUGUUCAUUAACCAUACGAUAAGUAGUUUUUCCAGCACCAGUAUUCGUGUUGGAUUGUGCUAUGGAAUGACAAUGAGCCGUGUACGUCCAUAAUUAAACAAGGAGGCAGAUUUCCACACCCGAGUGAUAUGAAGCACCUUUUUUCUGUCCCAUUUCAUGCAUUUUGAGGUGCUUUGGUAAACCACAUUCGUUUUUUUGUUUUCGUACUGCACAUAUUAUUUACCUAGCGCUUUUUGAAAUGUGAACAUGUCACACGUUCUCCUGCAGCGUGUUGUGAGUUUGUUUAGGCAUUUUACAAUGUGAUGUCCUUGUCAAAUCUUUUAAAGCCACUUUGCUAGUGACACGAUCUCUUGAUUGACUUUGUGGCAGGAUUCCUGCUGCACAGCUCCUGCUUUAAAGCCAAGACUUGCCAUCCUUCUAAAUGUGGAGAAGUUUGAAGCAACAGAAGUUAGACAACAGCCUCAGUACAUGACCAUUAACAGGUUCAAUGGUGCGCAAAGUGGCUUAGAAGCUUUCACAAUUAAGGCUAUACCUACACUUUUGUCACUGGAAGUCCUCGCUGCUUUGCUUGAUUCUUUCUACCCACUGUGAUAAUAAAUAUAUGCUUCCAUCAUGGUAGCUUCAGCUGCAUCACUCAUUUGUGGCAGCAUAUGCGGAUUGCGGAUACGUCUGUUGCUUAGUGCGAAACAUUGUUCUUUGUACAUGUCAAAAAUAUAUUAAUCCAGAUGGCAUCUUAUUUCUUUUCAUGUACUGAGCGUAAUGCCAUUGUGAUAGUCGCUAGUCGCAGAAUGUGGUUUUUGCUUGUUGAAUACAGAGUGGGGAGCGUCUGCUAGAUCUGCUUUGCCUUGUUCUGAUAACUUUUAUUUGUUAUAGUUGAGUUGUUUUUGUUGCACAAAUUGCCACUUACUGAAAUGGCAACUGUAUUUACAGAAUGCAAUUGGAAUGCUCUUGCACAGUCAAAAUGUUUGUUGGAUAUGUAUCCGCCACUCAUGUUGAAACUUGAAGCCAGCAUGCGAAGUGCUCAUUCCUUUUAGGCUAUGCACUCUUAACUCCAAACUGCAUACAAGGCUGCAAUGCCCUAUGUGAUGCCUCCCCUCUCCUCCCACUCUAUUGGAGUGCUUAUCAGACGUGACAUGGAGCUUAUGGUACUGAAGUAUGUAUCGACAAGAAGAGGAUGUCCACAAGUUUCAUGUGGAAUGUGCAAGCACUCAAUGUAAGACCUGUUUGCCACAUGCAAUAUAACAAGUGCACGUCUGUCUGCAUUUGCUGGAGCACAGACAGAUUGGGCUGCUGCUAGACUUCGUCCUCGGAAAAGCACUCUGUCGUAGGGUGGGAAUCUCUGUACCCAAUUGUCACACUUCACAUAGUGUACUCUUUUGAAAUUGCAUGCUUGGGAGUUGCUGCAGAAUGAUGGUGGACAUUGUGGAAUCAAGUUCAGUGAUAGCAUUUGCCUUCUCUCUUCCUGUAACUCCUCUUCACAGAUGCAGUUUGCCAUUUCCAUGAGAUGCAGUUACUCAUUGAGUUAGUGUUCAAAUUAAAUAAUGAAGCUACUAACUCAUCACUACGUUGCAUGGCACAAUAUUGAAAAGAAUGUUUAGGAGAUUCUGCCGGCACUGUAUAAUGUUUCACCACAUCAAACCCACCAGCCGCGCCAUUGUUCGCGAUGAUCAAUGGCAGUUGUGACAAUUUAGUCUCAUUAGUGUUCAUGCAUUGUUGUGGUUAUAUCAGUCCUGACUGUCUGUGAUUACUGCACACUCCUGUGGAAUCACAAAUUUCCUUUUCACCCAUUCAUAUUGUUCCUUUACCACAGUGAUGCUUUUGCUGUAGUGCACAAAUGGUAGGCUAUUCAAUAAAGUUUACUAUAAGCUUG